AAGAAGGAAGAGAAAUUGUAAUUGGGUGAAAAAGAGGAGGCCUGAGGGGUUGAGGAGUGAGGCUUCACCCGAGGAAAGUAGAGAACGGCGAAAGGGUAGAAAAAAGUAUCCUUCCGUAUUGUUGUUUGUUGGUGUUGUGAGGAAUUGGCAUUCGCAUCAAAACAAACUUCGUUUCCACUUUCUCAGACAUUUUUCUAUUGAGAAAGAAAGGAAGAAAACAACUCUCUCUCUCUCUCUCUCUCUCUCUCUCUCUCCGUUAAUCGCCGGAUCUAACAGAAGAGAGUGAUGGGAUCGAAUUGAGUAAGGGGCUGGGAAAGGGGCAUUUUCAUUGGCAAUGGGAAUGCCCAAUCGACUUCAAAGAUGAGCAAAGCCCUCGGAGAAGACGAAGAAGACGAAGAACGAGAUUGCUUCUACGACUCUCACGACCGUUUGCUCUCUCUCUCUUCCUCGUGUUCAUGUUCAUGUUCCAACUCUGACGAAGAAGAACAACAAAAUUACAAUCACAAUCACAAUCACAAUCACAAUUUCGCCCUCAACAACUACGACAUAUGGAUCUCCCAACCCUCCUCCGUCUCCGAACGCCGCACGCGCCUCUUUCAAACUAUGGGACUUUCCGAUCACUCCUCCAUCGUCCGAUCCAAAUCAGACGCUGCUUCUUCUUCCUCUCGCCACCAAAAUUCCACUCCGCUUGUAAAUAACCCCAAUCUCUCCGCCGGAGAUUCUCCCAGUAAGCCACCCUCCGGGAAGAAUUGCCGGAGAAGCGACUCGUCCGUCGAUUUUGGGGUUUCCGAGGAGGAAGAGAAGGUCUGUACGAUAAGGGAUCUUGAUAACGGGAAGGAGUUUGUGGUGAAGGAAGUGAGGGAGGAUGGGAUGUGGGAUAAGCUAAGGGAGGUUGGAACUGGGAGGCAAUUGACUAUGGAGGAGUUUGAAAUGACGGUGGGCCAUUCUCCGAUCGUGCAGGAGUUAAUGCGCCGUCAGAGUGUGGAGGAAGACAAUGUUGAUGCCAAUGUCAGUGGAGGGAGUGGUGGUGGUGGAGGUGGUGGUGGUAAUGGCAAUGGCGGUUCUAAGGUGAAGAAGAAAGGAGGGGGGUGGUUGAAGAGUAUCAAGAGCGUGGCGAGUUCGAUGGCGAUGGCGGGGCAUAAGGAGCGGCGGAGUAGCGAUGAGAGGGACACGUCGUCGGAGAAGGGAGGGAGGAGGUCGAGUUCCGCCACGGAUGAUAGCCAGGAUGCUUCUUUUCAUGGACCUGAGAGAGUGAGAGUUAGGCAGUAUGGGAAGUCUUGUAAGGAGCUAACUGCAUUGUAUAAGAGCCAGGAGAUUCAGGCUCAUAGUGGAUCCAUUUGGAGCAUUAAGUUUAGUUUGGAUGGCAAGUACCUUGCCAGUGCUGGUGAGGAUUGUGUCAUUCAUGUGUGGCAGGUUGUGGAGUCUGAGAGGAAAGGGGAGUUGCUGCUCAUGGAGAAGCCUGAGGAUGUUAAUGUUAAUAUGUUGUUGGUGGUGAAUGGAUCGCCCGAACCAACAUUGCUGUCUCCUCUUGUGGAUAACCAUCCCGAGAGGAAGAGGAAGGGGAGGUCCUCCAUUAGUAGAAAGUCCUUGAGCUUGGACCAGUUUGUGGUUCCCGAUACUGUGUUUGCGCUCACUGAGAAGCCUGUUUGCUCCUUUCAAGGCCAUCUCCACGAUGUACUUGACCUUUCCUGGUCCAAGUCUCAGCACUUGCUCUCAUCUUCAAUGGACAAAACAGUGCGGCUGUGGCAUUUGUCUAGCAAGUCUUGUUUGAAAAUUUUUUCACACAGUGACUAUGUAACUUGCAUCCAGUUUAAUCCUGUUGAUGAUAAUUACUUCAUUAGCGGAUCUUUGGAUGCUAAGGUUCGCAUAUGGAGCAUUCCUGAUCGACAAGUUGUUGAUUGGACUGAUCUGCAUGAGAUGGUCACUGCUGCUUGUUAUACACCUGAUGGUCAGGUUGGUCCAAGGGUGCACUUGUUGGUUCAUACAAGGGUAGCUGCCAUUUAUACAAUACAUCUGAAAAUAAGUUGCAACAGAAGAGUCAGAUCAAUCUGCAGAACAAGAAAAAGAAAUCACAUCACAAGAAAAUUACUGGUUUCCAGUUUGCCCCUGGAAGUUCAUCAGAAGUACUUAUUUCAUCUGCUGAUUCACGAAUUCGGGUUGUUGAUGGCGUUGAUCUGGUUCAUAAGUUUAAAGGCUUUCGAAAUGCCACUAGCCCCAUUUCAGCUUCCCUCACGGCAAAUGGUAAAUACGUUGUUGCAGCAAGCGAGGAUUCCCAUGUAUACAUUUGGAAAAAUGAAGCUGAUUGCAGGCCUAACAGAAGUAAAGGUGUCACUGUCACCCGCUCAUAUGAACAUUUUCACUGUAAAGAUGUGUCGGUGGCCAUUCCCUGGCCUGGUAUGGGUGAUGCAUGGGACAUGCAUGGUACAUUUUCUGGAGAACAACCUGAGCUUGAUAAUAAUGCAGAUGAAGUUUUGUCAGCCAAUCACCCUCCUACCCCUGUAGAGGAAAACUUUGGUACCGAGGGUUCAAGAUCUGCAUCAGGUUACAACAAUAGUCCACGUCAUGCAACCAUUGCAAGUGCCACCAAUAGUUACUUUUUUGAUAGAAUUUCUGCAACAUGGCCUGAGGAAAAACUUCUUUUAGCUGCAAGAAACCAAAGCCCUCGGGUUAGUGUGGAUUUCUCUAAUGGGAUAAGUCAAAAAAUGUCAGCCUGGGGUAUGGUGAUUGUAACUGCCGGCCUCCGAGGGGAAAUUAGAACUUUCCAAAAUUUUGGAUUUCCACUUCGGAUAUAAGAGGUGAAAGAACAUGCAUUCUUGCUUAUGAGUGAGCAUGGCAGAGAAUGAGUUGAUGAUAACAGGUCAUAUGGCAGUAGACUUCACCUUCUCCAUUAGUUGGCGAAAACCUGUACAGAAAAGUGGGUGAGAUUUGUAAUAUUAGCGGGGUUCCAUUUCUUUUCUUGUUCUUGUGCGUUGGAUGAAGAUAGGUUGCCAUUCCAUUCAGGCACUGAGGGGAUAAACGGAGGGAAACAUUGUCAAACAAAAACCAAAAAAAGAAAAAAAAAAAAAGUUACACCAGGAAUUUAGAAACCAAUGGAUGUAAUAGGGAAAUGUAGAGUAACGCGAGCAUGGGAAAAGUUUAUUGAAAUUAGAAAUUAUGAUUCUUUUACACUUAUCUUGAGUUUUGUUAUGUAAUUCAAUAUCUUGUCCAAAUUAAUCGUUUUAAUAAACCAUUAUGGCUGCAAGUGUUAUUAACGU